AGCAGCACAAACACCAACAGCAGUAGCAGCAGCAGCAGCCACAGCACCAGCAAAGGCAGCAACAGCAAAAGCAGUAGCAAGAGUAACAGCAGCAGCAGCACCAGCAGCAGCAGCAACACCACCAGCAGCACAGCAACAACAACAGGAGCAGCAGCAUCAGCAGCAGCAGUGACAAAAGUAGCAGCAACACUUGCAGCAGCAGCAGCAGCUCCACCACCAGCAACAGCAACAAUAGCAGCAACAGCAACAGCAACAACAGCAAACACCAGCAGCAGCAACACCAACGACAGAAGCAGCAACACCAGCAGCAACAACAACAGCAGCAGCAACAUCAGCAGCAGCAGCGACAAAAGUAGCAACACCAGCAGCAGCAGCAGCAGCUCCAGCACCAGCAGCAACAACAGCAGCAGUAGCAGAAAUAUCUACAGCAGC